AUGGACCUGUUCGACGUCGAGGCCUCGACCAUCUCGGCCCUGCACGCCGCGGGCAAGAAGGUGAUCUGCUACUUCUCGGCCGGCUCGUUCGAGGACUGGCGUCCGGACGCCAAGGACUGGGACCAGGGCGACCUCGGCGCGGACCUCAAGGGCUGGCACGGCGAGAAGUGGGUGAAGACCGGUUCCGAGAAGGUGCGCUCGAUCAUGGCCGCGCGCCUCAAGAUGGCGGCCGAGAAGGGCUGCGACGCCGUCGACCCCGACAACGUCGACGCGUACAACAACGAGAACGGACUCGGCCUCACCGAGUCCGACGCCUCGGACUAUGUCAAAUUCCUCGCCCAGGAGGCGGGCAAGCACAACAUGGGCUGUGGACUCAAGAACGCCGCCGCCAUCGUGCCCAACGUCUCCGGAUCCGUCCAGUUCUCCGUCGUCGAGCAGUGCGCAGAGUACGGCGAGUGCGGCCAGUACCAGGGCAUGAUUGAGGCCAAGAAGCCGGUCUUCUCCAUCGAGUACCCCUCGCAGGCGGGCACCGAGAUGCCCUCCGACGCCCUUGCCGCCCAGUGCAAUGCGGACGGCAGCAACGGCUUCUCCAUGGUUAUGAAGAAGAUGGCUCUCGACCAGUGGGUCGAGCCGUGCGAGCCGACUUUUGACGCCUAA